GGAGGACCAUGGCGUCCCCGGCGCUGGCGGCGGCUCUGGCGGCGGCGGCGGCAGUGGUGGGCCCCAACGCAAGCGGCGCCGGCGAGGGGGGUGGCAGCGGAGCUGCCAACGCCUCGGGGGUCGCCUGGGGGCCGCCCCCGAGCCAGUACUCGGCAGGUGCCGUGGCGGGGCUGGCAGCCGUGGUGGCCUUCCUCAUCGUUUUCACCGUAGUGGGCAACGUGCUGGUGGUGAUCGCCGUGCUGACCAGCCGAGCUCUGCGUGCACCGCAGAACCUCUUCCUGGUGUCGCUGGCGUCGGCUGACAUCCUGGUGGCCACACUGGUCAUGCCCUUCUCGCUGGCCAACGAGCUCAUGGCCUACUGGUACUUCGGGCAGGUGUGGUGCGGUGUGUACCUGGCGCUCGACGUGCUCUUCUGCACCUCCUCCAUCGUGCACCUGUGCGCCAUUAGCCUGGACCGCUACUGGUCCGUGACGCAGGCAGUCGAGUACAACCUGAAGCGCACGCCGCGCCGCGUCAAGGCCACGAUCGUGGCCGUGUGGCUCAUCUCGGCCGUCAUCUCCUUCCCACCACUGGUUUCACUCUACCGCAAGCCCGACGGCGCCGCCUACCCGCAGUGCGGCCUCAACGAUGAGACCUGGUACAUCCUUUCCUCCUGCAUCGGCUCCUUCUUCGCUCCCUGCCUCAUCAUGGGCCUGGUCUACGUGCGCAUCUACCGCGUCGCUAAGCUGCGCACGCGCACGCUCAGCGAGAAGCACACGACCAAGGGCCCCGACGGCGCGUCCCCGACCGCAGAGAACGGGCUGGGGGCGCCGACGGGCGCCGGCGAGAACGGGCACUGCGCGCCCCCGCGCCGCCCGCGCGCCGACGUGGACCCGGAAGACAGCAGCGCGGCGGCAGAGAGGCGGCGGCGUCGGGGUGCGCUGCGGCGGGGCGGGCGGCAGCGUGCGGGAGGAGAGGGGGCCGCGGGCGGCGCGGAUGCGCUGGCUCCCGGGCCCGCGGAGCCGGGCGCGCUCGCCGCCUCGAGGUCCCCGGGCCCCAGCGCGCGCCUGUCUCGCGCCAGCUCGCGGUCCGUCGAGUUCUUCCUGUCGCGCCGGCGCCGAGCGCGGAGCAGUGUGUGCCGCCGCAAGGUGGCCCAGGCGCGCGAGAAGCGCUUCACCUUCGUGCUGGCCGUGGUCAUGGGCGUGUUCGUGCUCUGCUGGUUCCCCUUUUUCUUCAGCUACAGCCUGUACGGCAUCUGCCGGGAGGCCUGCCAGGUGCCCGACCCGCUCUUCAAGUUCUUCUUCUGGAUCGGCUACUGCAACAGCUCGCUCAACCCGGUCAUCUACACCGUCUUCAACCAGGACUUCCGGCGCUCCUUCAAGCACAUCCUCUUCCGACGGAGGAGAAGGGGCUUCAGGCAGUGACUGGCGGCGCCCCUCCCCCCGCCGCUUCGCGCGCCGGCCCUGGGCCGCUCCGGGAGGAGGGAGCGGACAGGCGUGGCUCCCAGGGGAACCUGGGUUAGAUUCCCUGGAGACCCAGGGAUGGGUCGGCCUCUAGGGCGCGGGGCAGGAGCGAGGGUCCGAGAUCCGAGAGCCCCCGGGAGAGGGGAGGAGAAAGGGAGACGCCUCUGCCUUCCCAUCUCAGCGAGGGGCCGCUGCCGGGUCUCCAGGCCUGGAUUGCCGCCGGGCGCCCUGCCGGGUGUGGCUGUUCGGUCCGGUCUUAGACCGCAGCGGCAUGUGCGACCUCCCAAACGGGUGAGGAGGCCCCCUGGCGCACGCUGCCCCCCCAGAUCCACCUCCGCGAGUAAGGGCUGACCUCCCCAGGACCUGGAGGGGGCGGCGGUCUGGGGGCAGGAAGGAGGGCGCUGAAAGUAUUUGGUUCCUGAAAGUAUUUACAUGUUUGCCAAAAAGGACAGCCCAAACUACCAAACUAUUUUCUAAAUAAACCUUUGUAAUCUA